AGUCGUUAAUCGUUACCUCACUGUGUUCAAUCUCCUCAAAAUAAAGCGAAAAAAAAAAAAAAAUGUUAUGCGCUAUGGCCAUCGACAGCGUCGCUCUGAGAAAAUCGGUGGCCGGAAUCGAGGCUGGGCGACCCUUUAAUCAGAACCCUUCUUCCUCACCCACCCGCUUUCAUUUGAAACUGAAAUUUCCUCUACUUUCACAGACCAAAUCUACGAAGCUUCCCAUUGAAUUUCAUUCUAACCCACUUCACACCCUCAACAUCCUCCCGUUUGCGCGACUUUCCUGCUCUGUUUCUCUCCUCUUUCGCUGGGAUUCUUGGAGAUGGGCUGCUCAAUUCACUUCCUAUUACUUGUUCUUUCUUUGUUUAGUUGCGCAAGCCCACGGUUAUCCAUCUUUUUCUAAUAGAUAUCCGUGUGAAGAUGUUAACUUGUAUUAUGCUAAUGUAGCAAAGUUAAAAGGUGAACCUCUCAAACGUAAGCUAAAUUCAAUUGUUGCUGCACAUCAUUCCUUGUCCUAUAAAGAGCUAAGCGGAUUUGAUGAACAGGUCUGGGAUGCCAUCAAGAUUCUUGAUGCUGCUGAUGUUGACAAACCAGAAGCCUCAUCGGCAAUAGUGGAGAUUUACUCGCAAAGGAUUGUGUCAAAGUCUCUAGCAGGGAAACCUGAGGGUUGGAACAGGGAGCAUUUGUGGCCUCGUUCUUAUGGGCUUAGAAGAGGUCCAUCCCUGACUGAUUUGCACAAUAUUCAUCCAGCAGAUACAAAUGUGAAUUUGUCCCGGGGGAACAAAUAUUUUGGAGAAUGCCAAGUUAACUCCCCAGAAUGUUUAAAGCCAGCCUACAAAGAAGCAGCUUCCGAUACUGAAACCGACAAGGAAAAAUGGGCACCUCCUAAGCGUGUUAGAGGAGAUAUAGCAAGGGCAGUAAUGUAUAUGGCAGUCUGUUAUGGGUUUCACCUUUCUGAUUCUCCAAACAAGGGAAAUAAGGAGAUGGGCCUAGUUUCCACAUUGUUAAAAUGGAAUGAGGGUGAUCCGCCAUCAAGAGAAGAGAAGUUGAGAAAUGACAGAAUAUGCGAGUUUUAUCAGCACAAUAGAAAUCCUUUUGUCGAUCAUCCAGAAUACGCUGAGCUAAUUUGGAAGCAAAUGUCUCUGGCUCGUGAAAGCUCAAAGUUUCUCAAGGGAAAGCAAUGAUCAAUAUAUGUCAUGACCAUUAACCGCCACAAGAUUUCCUAAAGAUCAAUAUGAGAAUCAGCAAUAUUACCACCACAACUAGCAUUCCAAGGAAGAAGCAGAAAACUGGAGAAUGUAGCAGAGAUGAAGAGCUCUUCAUCUGAUCUUUAGAGAUUCCUGGAACAACAGCCC